CUAGCCCUCGGUGUUGUCCACAGCACCGUCCGCUCCACACACAGCGCCUCCCUAGAACCCCACACAGUCAUGUCGACACACAUCCGCGCAGCACUGGUGACCGGGGCCAACAAGGGCAUUGGCUUUGCCAUCGUGCGUGACCUGUGCCAGCAGUUCUCCGGGGACGUGGUGCUCACAUCGCGGGACAAGGCACGGGGACAGGCUGCCGUGCAGCAGCUCCAGGCCGAGGGCCUGAGGCCGCGCUUCCACCAGCUCGACAUCAACGACCUGCAGAGCAUCCGUGCCCUGCGUGACUUCUUGCACAAGGAGUACGGGGGCCUGGACGUGCUGGUCAACAACGCGGGCAUCGCCCUUGACAUGCAUGAUCACACACCCUUACAUACUAAAGCAGAAGUGACGAUGAAAACAAACUUCUUUGGUACCAGACACAUGUGCACAGAACUGCUGCCUCUAAUGAAACCGCAAGGCAGAGUGGUCAAUCUGUCUAGCAUAAUGAGCAUAGUAGCUCUUACAAACUGCGGUUCUGGACUGCAGCAGAAGUUCAGAAGUGAGAUCAUCACAGAGGAGGAGCUGGCGGGGCUCAUGAACAAGUUUGUGGAUGAUGUAAAGAACAGAGUGCACCAAAGCGAGGGCUGGCCUGAUAUGAAAAUGCUCACAUAUGGAGUGUCAAAGAUGGGUGUCACGGUCCUGUCCAGAAUCUAUGCCAGGAAACUGAGUGAGCAGAGGAGGGGAGACAAGAUCCUCCUGAAUGCCUGCUGCCCUGGGUGGGUGAAAACAGACAUGGGUGGAUCUACAGCCAUUAAAAGUCCAGAAGAAGGAGCAGAGACGCCCAUCUACUUGGCUCUUUUGCCUUCAGAUGCUAAGGAGCCUCACGGGGAGUUUGUCAUGGAGAAGAAAGUUGAACAAUGGGGACCCCACUCUCAGUUUCCUCCAUGGGUUCCAUUAUGAUAGUGCCAUGAUUUGACCAGAUUACUGACAACAAUGUCCUCAUCAAAAAAAAGAAAUAAAGGAAUCAUUAUCCAUAUCAAGUA